UGUAAGAACCAUCGUUCCCGAUAGGGGGAGCUGCGCGGCAAGUCUCCAGGCGACUAUCUGCGGCUGAAGAAACCGAGAAAACCGACAGGGGGAGCUGCGCUGAACGUCACAGGGAGACGGGCCACGACUGUAGGGACUACGAUCCCCGACAGGGGGAGCUACGCUGGGCAUCGCUGGGCGACUGUAGAGACCACGAAGACCGAUAGAGGGAGCUGUGCGCAGAAGACAUCCUGGGAAGCCUAGGGAACGAUGACCUCAAGCAGUAACAAGUCAAAAACGACUAUUUACCAUAUGUUUUACUGCCAAAAGUGUGGGACCAGCUGUCCCAUUAAUACAGAGAGGUGCCCGCACUGUAAGAUAACUAUUUUAAAGCCUCAAAAAACAAUGUGCCAGUCAGCCUGUACGGGGGAGCUGGAUGUCUUUAACGCCAACAGGCACACAUUGGGUUCCCCUGGAGACUUCAGAAGAGAACAGGUCUAUGAGGAACAGUUGGAGGACCAUGUGAGUGACCUGCAGGAUGGUUUCAAGUCAGCCUGCAGCAGCAUUCACGUUGUAGAAGCUCCCACUUUGCAGCAAGGAGCACUAGGUUCUCACCAGAUACCUCAGCAGAAAAACGAGAAGUUUCACAUUAAGAGUACCUCAGUUUACAAAGACUUUGCUGUCCAGACGAACUUGUCCUUUGAUUUGGAGCUGGCGGUGUGUGCUAAGAAGCACUGCAGCCUGUCUCGUGAGAAAACUGCAGAGGUGAUUGGACUGGAGCUGGAGAGCCUUCCAGAAUCUUGCCGUUCCAACAGCACAGAAUUUGACUGCAUAUCCAAAGAGUGCAUGAAAGGGAGCCAGUUAGUAAUUCAUGAUUCCAAGUCUGAACAAGUAAUGUCACUUGGUAGUGAGUUGUUGGAUGUUGCAAUGGUGGAGAAUAGUUGUUUUUGUACUCCUGCGGGUGUUUCAGAUCAAAGUGAUCCUGCACUGUGUACAGAGAGUGAUCUUUUGGAUAGAGAAGAUGAUUGGAGUUGUCACCAAAGCAGCUUUGAGUAUCACAGCGUACGUGCAGAGGAUCCCACUCUUCAGGGAUCGAGUGCUACAAUGUUUCAUCCAUGCGGACUUAUCAGAAAGGGUGAUCAUGAAGACAACAUUCAUACACUAAUGCAAUAUCAAGACAAGUUACAGCAGUCAAGCGGCUCACAUGAAGAGGAGAGUGAUCUACGUAAGAAAUGUAAAGAAAAAGCCAACCCAUCUAUAUGUGAAGAUUCUUUUCUGUCUGCACUGGGAGACGAGGGCAGCAGUGACUUCAUUCCAUGUGAGCGAUGUCUGGCUUUGUGUGCGAGGGUCACAGAGAGGCAGUCAGGGGAUGCUGGUCAGGAUUUCACUGUCAGCUUCAUGGUGAGCAGGUCCACCAGCACAGAACCCAAAGGUACACAGUGUGAUGUUGCUCUCAAUACAGACCCCUUCUUACUUGGCUCCAAACGAGACCAGGAGAUCCAGAAGCUGCCAAUCCCCACAGCUGAGAAGUUUGUAAACACUGAUGUCUACAUGAAAGAUCUAGAUUACAUCACAGAGGAAUUUAAGAAAUUAAGACUGGCGCAAGCAGAACUGAAGCAACUGAAAGAGAAUUUAGCAAGCCCUGCUUGGGGUGAACGUAGUCUGUGCUGUGGCGCUGCCCAGAGAGCACUGCAUGCUGAGCUACGCCUCUUGGCUCUACAGCAUGCAAUGUGCCAGCAACACUGUUGGAGGCGCUAUCGCACUUCGCCUGAAGGCAGCCGCCUCCUGCUGGGAAAAAGAGAAAUCCCAAACAGCUUGAUGCAAGUUCUCCAGAACCUAGAAAAUGACUACCAAGAGAUGAGGAGGAAGGUCCUGUCUGGCGUGCCUCUGGACCAGCUCCGCCCCCUGUCUGUGGACUGCCAGAGGAUUGCCUCUAAGGGGUGCUACAUCCCAGCAGAGAUAGCCAAGAUUGUGUUAGAAGACAGACAGGGCAGCGUUCAGUCGCAGAAUUCCCAGCUGACUGUACACGGUGACUCCUGCACAGGCAGAAGGGACACUCCGGCCCUCCAGCAGCAAGAUCCAAAGGAAAGGCCAGCGGAGAUAAAUACAGAGCCAGGUAAUAACCAGUGUGAAGGGACGGCUGCAUGCAUUGGGCAGGGUGGGGUCACACAUGGACCCCCUCUAGAGUCCAACACAAGUGAGGCUUGGUAUGAUGCAGAAGAGGACCUUGAAAGCAUCAAGAUGGAGGCUCAUCAAAAAGUGGAUGACGGUCAUCUUAAGAUCCCCGAAGAAGAUACAAUGGGAUGUUGUGAUAAGAAGGAAACUGAUGAAGAUGUCCUCCUGUAUGCCUCAGAACUCCCUUGUAAUGUGACUGAGGAGGAGGUAACAGUCUGGUUUAGAAAGUAUCAGGUAUCUAAUGUCCAGAUGGCACCGUUCAGGAGCAAACAGAGGGCGGCCAUUGUGACAGUUGAUUGUCUCAGGAGUGCCAACAGAGCGAUCAAGGACCUGAAUGGUCACACCAUCCAGGGGUACACAAUCAAGGUGGAGCACCUAGGCACAAUGCUCUCAGCUGAAUCAGUCCACAAGGGGCAGUUCUCCAAGUCACAUUCCUGCCAGAAUAACAAAGUGAGGUCUGUGUGUAUUACACAGGCCUCAAAGCAUAGAGUACCUAUCACCAAGAACCUGAUGAAUAUCAAGGAAUCAGUCACGUCUCCAGAAACACUCACGCAUCAGCACCGCACCACCACGAGCAGCCUCGACACCAUAAUGGCCAAACUUUCGGAGCGACACCCUGAAGCGAGCCGGCAAAGAAUCGUCAACAGCCUACUGGAGCUACAAGCGAAUCACCAGGGCUUCCUCAGUGGCCUACCCUUAAAGGCUGUCGUGGAGAUGACAUCAGCUCUUCUAAGGCACCCUCCUCUGGCCAUAAAAGAGAGGUUCCAAAAAGAAGAUGCCAAUAAAAUAAAUGGAAAUUAAAAUACAAAGCAUUUUAAUGCUUAUUGUAUUUUGGUGUAUCGUUAAUUAUAAUAUUGUUCUUAAAUCCAGAGUUUAAAUGUUUAGGAUUAAUCUUUUGCAUUUAUUUAAUGUGAUAAGUCACAACUGUUGAUCUUUUUUGUUUUGUCACAUUAAAAUAAGGUAUGGAAAACUGGAUUAGCUUAUAUAGAUGACAGGGUUUCUGGUUUUGUUAAGAUACUGAAAAUUUUGAAUAAGAAAAAUCUGUAAACGUUUUUCAAUAAAAGGCUAAAUCUA